ACCAGUACUACAACUGAAUAAAAGGGUUGCAAUAUUAAAACUGACUGAACUGUGUGUUUGAGCCGCAUAUGACUAGCUUUCUAGGUUUCUGCGCAAAAUCAAUGUUUCCUUAGUAACCAUUACCACCAAGCUUAGAACUCAAUCCAGUUGGAUACAAAUGGACGAUUUCGUUGAAGUUUCCUCCAAGGUUUAUGAAUUUCCUUCAACAAUUCAAAGUGAUAAACAUUGGAAAUUAAAAGAUGCGUCAUGUGGUACAGAAUCCCUCCCGGCAAGCACGGAUCAAUUCGUGCAAGCCAAUGAAUCACGUAAUAUUGGAAUUCAAACCGAAAAAUUUUGUCCACCACAACAGUCGUGUAAUGACCAACAACUAGCAAAAUGGUUAAGAAAAAUAUAUCCGAUUAUUGAAGCAGAGCUACUGGAAGGUGUUACACAGAUUUACAGCGGAUUAGAGUAUAGCGCCGUGAAUAUAUCUUUGGUACCAUAUCAACAGUUAAGCCCGGGAGGAGAUUCUAAAGAUACUCAUUCAACGGGCAAAGCUGCCUGGCUUUCAACUCGCUUAGAUAACGUCCCCGACCUUGUUGUAUCUUCGUCACCCCCUCAUCAGGGAUGGUGCGAACAUGUCAAUCAAACCAUAUCACUUUACAUACCAAAAAGAAUUCCACACGAACAAUUUGUGGUUUUCACAGAGGUUCGAACGGUGCCUGUAAAAGCGUGUAUUGAAUUUUUGGCAGUUAAUGCCUUUAAUAAGAACAUAUUUGCUGGAGUGACUGUUGCAUGCGACUUUUAUAUUUGGCAACAUGAGUCAACGAAUAAUUUAGAAGAUAUCAAGGAAAUUGCUUACAUGACGAUACCGUAUGCUUCUAUCGUUGGAGUAGAUUGGCUCCAAAUAAAUGAAGUGUUGACCGCUCACUCAGAUGGUUCUGUAUGUUUAUGGAAAAUUUCGAAGCAGAUUGUCUUGGAUAAAAGGUUCAGGAUAAAUUCCAAGGCAGCCGUAACUACAAUUUUAGCGUUGCAUCCAUCCAAUUUCUUAGUAGGCACGGAAGAAGGACGACUUCUAUAUUGCUCGACAGUUCAAACGACAACUUACACUAAGCCUUCAGACGUAACAGAACCAGCUUAUGUUGAGUUAGAAAAACACACAUUUGCUAUAACCUACCUUUCCAAGGGAAAUUUUAAUGGAGCGGAUGUUAUUAUUAGCUACGAUUUGAGUGGAGAGCUUUUUCUGCAUGAUAUGAGAAAUUCUGAGGAUGGACCGUUGCUGUUGAUUAGAAUGCCUCUACCAUUUAAAAAUUCCAUUGUUUGUUCAAAAGAUGUUGAAUAUGUCAUUUCACCUGGAAAAAAUAAAUCAAUAGAAUUAUUCCGACUCCGGAAUGGCCAAAGAUCUUACGUAAAAGGCAGUUUAACUGAGAAAGAAGGACCAAUAAGGCUAAGCGAUAACGGAUGCUGGCUGAUUACUGGAGUACAAAAUGGAACGUUCCAAAUUUUUGCUGUCAAGGAAACAUAAAAAUAUAAGAGUUUUAUUUACCUUCAGAAUAUCGGUUUCUUUUUAUCCGUUUCAACUCAAAAACUCUUCA